AUGGAUGUAUGUCACCACCCGUUAGACAAGGGCAAUUGCGGUGGAAAUUUUACUCGUUGGAGCUACGACAGCGAUACGAAGACUUGCCAGAAGUUCGACUACAGCGGCUGUAACGGAAACGGCAACAACUUCCAGACAAAAUUCGCCUGCGAGGCACGAUGCAUCCCCGUCAUUCCUGCUGAUGUCUGCUCGCAUCCGUUGGACAGGGGAGAGUGUAGCGAGCAUUUUCCUCGCUGGAGGUUUAACCAUAGCGUUUCGGCCUGCGAACCGUUCGUCUACAGCGGCUGUGGCGGAAACGGCAAUAAUUUCGAAAACAGGCUCCAGUGCGAACUGCGGUGCAUCGUCGAUUUGCUUGUCGUAGCAUUGGCUGCCGGAAAUAGUCUUAUGCGAGUAACCAUGCCCCUUGCAGAGGCUGCCCUUCCGUACAACGUGUGUCUACAUCCGAGGGACAGCGGUCACUGCCAACAGCAGUUCCUGCGUUGGUGGUACAAUCAGAACGCGGAUGCAUGUGAACAGUUCAUGUACACCGGAUGCGGAGGCAACGGCAACAACUUCGACUCGCGACUCAGUUGUGAGGCCCGCUGUUCCGUCGCUGCUUCGUCUCAUUUGCCUGCAGUCAUGCUGUCACAGGAAAUAUGUUCAUUUUCCAUGGAAUAUGGCACUUGUCGUGGCAGUUUCUCCCGCUGGGCGUACAAUCGAGUAAUGCAGUUGUGCGUGCAGUUCGUUUACAGUGGCUGCGGUGGAAACGAAAACAACUUCGAUUCCAAGCACAACUGUGAGCUCCGGUCGAGCAACCCAAACAAAUGUGGUAACCCAAACGACUGCAGGCAUUAUCCCUGCAUCUUCCGCUGUUGUUCUAAAAACAACCCUCAUUACGACUCCAGGAAGAUGAAUCAGGAACCAGGUACCCACUUUGCUAGCCCCAUCGCUCAUACGUUCCCUUUUACAUCUGCAAAAUUUUCUUUUCAAGCAGAAACGACUCGUUCUCAAGUGGCGCGUGACAUUUGUGACAUACCUAACGACUAUGGAAACUGCGACCGCCAUUUCAUCCGUUGGGCUUUCGACGGGGAGACAAAAUCGUGCAUCCAGUUCGAAUACUCCGGUUGUGGUGGAAACGGAAACAACUUCGAAACGGCGCUCAGUUGCGAACGGCUUUGCCUCGUCCGCCCUACAAUACUUCCGCUGAAUGUUUGCCAUCACGUACUGGAUCCUGGUCCAUGCAAUGGCAACUAUCCUCGCUGGUACUACGACGACGACGAAAGGACAUGCAAAGAGUUCAAUUACAGCGGAUGCGACGGAAAUGGCAAUAACUUUGCUUCUAAGGACGACUGUUCGAAUAAAUGUUUGACAGGUGGCAAGAAUAAUGCGAAACCAGUGGAAAUUACAAGCAAGAAAGAAAGUGAGAAUUUUUACGCUUUUAUUACUUUCAUUCCAAAAAUGGACCUUAUUCUUUAA